AUGCGUCGCGCCACCAAUUCCGGAUCCUCCACCCCGCGUAGCCACCGCUCUCGCUGGCUCAGCCCUGAUCACGACACGCUCGCGGCGCUCCUUCGCGAUAACAUCGAUAGUGCUGGCUCAUCCAGUUAUAGCAGCAGCAGCAGCAGCAGCAGCAGUGACGGUAGCGGGCCCCGAAGCUUGGCAUGCUCUUACUUUCCAUUCCGACGCACAACGACCCCGGCUGGUGAACCAACCGCAGCCUUAGUUCCAGGCGGUGCCUACACCCUUUCCUCCGUCCCCCCAGGCACUUCCCGAGAUCCCGGUAGCCCACUGGCACCAGGUUCACCCCUCUUCGGAGGUCCAGCUCAGUCCCGCGACCCCAUGCUUGCUAGGGCCCCUCGCGCAACCGUUCACUCCACCCAACACGGAGGGCUUACUACCGCACUCGCAUCCAGCAGCGUGGCUGCCACCGCAGGUGAGAGUAAUUCAUAUGGGUAUUCUGGCACGGCGUCGGCUUCAGCACCGGCUUCGGUAUCGUCGUCGAGAUGGGAUAACGGGGGCGGAGGAGGAAGUGGUCGUGCCGGCGGAACAGUAGGCGAUAGCGGCGCUAGCGGCGCCAGUGGCAGCAGAACGGCCGGUGGUAGGGUGCUGAGUUUGACAGAAAGGAAUUUGCGGCGCACGUCGGGGUUUUAUGAGUACCUACGGACGGAGCGAGAUAGGGCCAGAGAGUCCGAGGGUGCGGGAAAUGGAGGAUUGACUCGGAGAGAGUCGUUGCUAGCGACGCUGAAUGAGGUAGGAAGCAGACUAAGUGGAGAGCGGAGGUAA